AUGUACAUAUACGUAACCAUUAGACCAGGAUGUAAUAACUGAUAAAUAUUUAAUAAUUCGCAGAAGAGAUGACUCUCUGCAUAACAACACAGAUAAUAAAUUAGCUACCAGAACACUUUAAGAAUGUAGAAAGGUCAUUGUAUAUCAAAUAGCUGUUCAAGUUUUUAUAGAAGUGGUAAAAUCUGACUAUAUAUACCAGUGUAAAAUCAUAGAUAUUUAAGUCUUCAAGAUUUCAAUUCAGCACAAGGAGCUAUUUGUACAACAACCACAAUGCCAUAUCAUCGAUCAAUAACUUCUUCGGAUUCAGAGGAUGAACAUUUUAGUGAAACUGUUGAUAAGGAAAUGAGUCCGUCAGUAUCGAAAAUAAAACCUAAUUCAAAACGUAAUGCAACAAGCGGGAAAAAAAAAUCCAGAAACAAAAAUCCAAUGAAGAUUCACAAAUCAUACCGUGAAAAUGUUGCUGAACUUUUACAAACCGAAGAAAUUGAUGUAGACAUUAAGAAUUCUUUGACUUUUAGACAAGGAGAUGGUAUGGUUACAAUAACAUUUCCUGUUGAUGACAAGCCGAGCCAUUUAUAUGUAAUCUCACAUUAUAAAAUGUCUAACAUAGAAAAUGUGUUGGUGAAGGAUAG